CUAAAUAGCAUCAUUAUGUAUAAUUUGAAGUAAAGAAGCCAUAAUUUACAAACUAUUCAGAAAAUGAAAAUUAUUUUCUGCCACUGGCGCCAGACUAGUCUUUCCCAGUAAACAUGCAAUGUUGAACUCCUCUGUCAUGCGAAAAGCUUCUCUUCAAUUCCCCCUUUAGAAAACAACAGAUAAACCACAAUUUCACAAUUACUUACCAGAUAUUUCCAGAUCCACAAAUGAAUGAAUCAGUUGCAGGUGAAGAGAGAUGUAACAACAGCAAUGGAAGAAGAACUGCGGUUGAAAAGGAGAAGACGAAGAUGAGAGAGCGUCAGAGAAGAGCUAUUACGACUAAGAUCUUCAACGGCCUCCGUAAACACGGCGGUUACCGCCUCUCCCCUCGUUCCGACAUCAACCAAGUCCUCCGCCACCUGGCCUCUGAAGCUGGUUGGAUUGUUGACCCUGAUGGCACCACCUACCGCUCUUCCUCUUCCACGAAUAACAAUUCGUGUCCACAUUGUGGUGUUGGAGGGAAAUACAAUGCAGCUACGCCAACUAGCAGCACCGUAGGACCCACAAGCGGCGGCGGCGGAGAAUGUUCAACUACCGCAUCUCCGUUUCGCGCCACCGCAAACGGCGGAGAUACGUUGACAACUUAUAGUAGGACGCCGACAACUCAUCUCUUCGACUCUAGCUUUUCACUUUCCGGCGGCGUCUCUACCAGUGCUCUGCUGUCUUCUUCCUCUUCUGAUACUCUUCUCUCCAUCUACAUGUCCGGCGCAGGAGGCGGUGCAGCUGGUGGAGGAAUAAGUGGGCUCUACCACCCUUCCUCCGCCGCCUCUGCCACCGUGCACCACCAAGAACAGCCGUCGUACUUGCUGCAGGAAGUCAGAGCUUCAAAUCAGAAUACUCCGGUGGGGUCACCUCCGUAAAGCACUUGACUAAGGUUUGGCGGCGCCGUACGCUUCACUCUAUUCACAAAGACUUGCCCGUACCGGCUAUUAGAAAUAAUUCUAACUUUAAACUAUUCAUUUUAUCAGAAAUCUUUAUAAUUACAUAAAUGUUAU